CCGAUAAAAAGUAGUCUUGCAUUUUUUUCUGUACCUCAUAAAUACAGCAAAUUUCAAAUUGGCUCUCAGUUAUACACAGUUCUCACUUCAAAACAUCUAUUAAUAUCCUAGCUUUUCCCGCUACAAAUAAUAAUUCAUAAUGACACCCAAAAGUUACAACAUAGUUGUUAUGGGAUCGGGGGGUGUUGGCAAGUCUGCACUAACAAUACAAUUCGUUCGCUCUGUAUUUGUAGACGAGUAUGAUCCUACCAUUGAAGAUAGCUACCGCAAAACAAUAACUGUCAAUGGUAAACCGAAAAUACUAGACGUUUUAGAUACAGCUGGACAAGAAGAAUACAAUACACUGCGACCGCAAUACAUUCGCUCGGGUGAUGGGUUUCUUAUCGUCUACUCUAUCACGGAUAAACAAAGUUUCUUUGAUGCAAAGAAGCUGCAGUCCGAAAUUCUAAACACAAAGGAUGCCGAUCCAGGUACCAUCCCCAUUUACUUGGUAGGAAACAAAAAGGAUCUGGAAGAUAUGCGUGCUGUGCCCACGGCUGAAGGCCAAGCGUUUGCGACAGAGAGUACGAUUGGUUUUUUGGAAGCGUCCGCCAAGACUGCAGAGGGUGUCACAGAGAUGUUCACAGAGCUUACCAAUAAGAUUGAUGAGAUGAGUUGCAAGCCCAAAGCUAAUCACAAGCCCAAGCCCGUUGGCAAGAAAGAACAAGGGUGUUGCACAAUGAUGUGAUACUUGGAAACAAUGAUAAAAUUAAAUGAAUGUCAA